AUGUCCAAUCUUAAAAGAAGGAAGUCAGGUUACUUGCAAGGCAAAAGUCGAUAUCAUCAAUUAUGGGGAUUUUUUUCAGCUUGGAAUGUGGUGUUUAAGCUCCCUAAAGGAGCUCGGCCCACGGGAUUCAGUAGUGUUAACGCCUUCUGGACGGCCAGCGGCUCUUAUAACGGGGAAGAUGUGUCGGCAAUGAGAGAUUUUAGCGCCAGUAGCAAAAUCUAUAAAUCUAAAUGGUUGGACGACUGGCAGAGUCGAAGUUUUUCAGCUGUCCGUCUCUCAGCUUACAAAGGAAAUAAAGAGGUAGCUUACGUGGUGUUCGACAGUAUGGGAAAAAGUAAGAACGAAUGGCUAGACUGCGGACGAAUUAUCGACUCCAGUUACACAGAUAUUACGACAGCGACCAAAAACUACUGCGAAAUGAAGUAUUUUUGAUUUAUUUUCUCUUUCUCUCCAGGAAAUAAAGGCACUGCUGAUGCUAUGGUCGUUUCUGUUAUGGCCUGGGACAUGGUGUUUAAGGCGGUAGAGGGUGUGGUUCCGCCUCAGGGAGGCCUGAGACAGCUGUGGUACUCCUCCGACACCCUGAACAGUGACAACCCCUCCGCUCAGACCCUCACAAAGGCUCCAAACCUGGUGUACAAGUCUAAAAAUGUGGAGACUUGGAGAAGUAUUCCUGGAUUUUUCAUCGAAAGUGUGAAAUACGCUUACUUUACAAACGGUGUCGAGGUCGCCUUUAUUAUUUUCGAUGGACGUGACGCCGACAAGAAUGGUUGGUUCAACGACGAUAGAAUUCUUUACUCUUAUUGGACCGAUAUCAUUGGGUACACAAAGGUCGGGUCAAGCAUUGAUGGUGAUGGUACUCGACGAUUCUGUGUUCACAAGGAACACGGAGGAUGUCCGAAUGACAAGGCUUGGAUGAACAUUCUAGACUCCUCGGAUUCUUCCACGCCUUGUUCCUGGGAUCAAAAUGUCAGACCUAGACCCUAUUUCCUGUACAAUAAUGCUUGGAAUCAAGCCGAGUUUCCUGCAGCUGAGACCAUGGCGAUUUUUGUAAAAGGUUGGCGCAUGGUGAUGAAGAUUGCCCAUACAGUGUCAAUUGCACCGGCGACUUCCGUAUACGACUUGUGGUCCGGAACUUACACUCUGAACGAAUUUGACACGGACGCUCUGACCAUUGGCACAGGGACAAAGACAUACAAGUCCAGUGUUGUGGACAACUGGGGAGACUAUCAGAUCUCCGCGGUGCGAGUGAGUUAUUACUCAAAGGGUAAAGAAACAGCUUACGCGGUGUUUGAUGCGCACGGCGUUUCUGACAAAAACAGCUGGUUUGACUGUAGUAGAAUUCUGUAUUCAGCGUACAGUGACCUGACCCGCCUAAAAGCGGUGUCUUAUUGUGGAAUCCCAGGAGAUGGAUCUCUGCAAAGACGUUUUUUCAUUCAAAACAAUUACGGUGGGUGCCAGAACGAUGCUGGUUGGUUCCUUGUGGUGGAAAGUGAUGCGUGCGCAUGGGAGCGCAGAACCAGUCGUCCCUACUUCCUGUACAGCGGCCUGCCAGGGCGAGAUUUACAAGAUAUGAUGGACAAUUGUUACCCCAACCCUUGUCAGAAUGGAGGCACAUGCUAUAACGAGGGGAUGGACUACACGUGCACGUGUACAGGAGAUUGGCUCGGUCAAAGAUGUACUGACAAAAAUGGCGCUUGGGGAUCAUGGGGUUCAUACGGCGCAUGCUCCAAAACCUGCGGAACCGGAAAGAAGACACGAACAAGAACGUGUGACAAUCCCGUUCCUCUUGGUAACGGCGCUAGUUGUCCAGGUGACACCAGUGAAGAUGCUGACUGCAACACCCAACCAUGCCCAAUUGACGGUAUGUGGGGUAGUUGGGGGUCAUGGGGCACGUGUUCAACUACUUGUGGGGGAGGCAAUCAAAAUCGCACCAGGACCUGUACCAAUCCAGAACCUCAGUAUGGAGGUAGCGACUGCGUUGGAAAUGCCCAAGACGCACCCCAAGUCUGUAGUACAAACCCAUGCCCUAUUGAUGGUGAGUGGGCGAGCUGGGGAGCUUGGGACACGUGCUCUGUCACGUGUGGUGGUGGAACACAGGGGCGAAAUAGAACGUGUACAAAUCCAACCCCUCAAUAUGGCGGAAAAGACUGCGUGGGAAGUUACACGGAUUCACCUCGUGACUGCAAUACUCAAGUCUGCAUCAUUGAUGGAUCAUGGGGAAACUGGGCUUCUUGGGGAACGUGCACUAAAACAUGCGGAGGAGGAGAGUGGUCCAGAUCCCGCACGUGCGACAACCCAGCACCCGCGAACGGAGGAAAAGAUUGUGUAGGUGCCAUGUCCGAAUUUAAUGACUGUAACACAGCGGCCUGUCCGACGGUGGCCCCAGGACAAUAUCAACAGAUAUGCCCAUCUGGUUAUUUCACCUGUGAAACUGGUUCAAUGAGCUGCAUACAAGAGUCAUUCAAGUGUGACUGCUCCAAUGACUGUGAUGACGGAAGUGACGAAACAGAAGGCUACGCCGGAUGUUCAGCUACACUCUUAGCCACGUGCAUGGCUGAAAGCUCCAGCUGUUCUUAUGCUAGCUGUCCGGGAGGAUGGUCAAAGUAUGGCAACAACUGUUACAAGCUCUUCACCAGUAGGAAAGAGUGGUCAGUGGCGGCCAGGGAUUGCCAACGCUACGGAGCAAAUCUCGUCAGCAUCGAGACUUCCGGAGAAAACUCCUUUGUAGAAGGUCUUAUUGGUGGAACAACAGUCUGGAGCAGCGGAUCAGACCGGAACUACGAGGGGGCGUAUGCGUGGUACAGCGGAUACGGAAAGUGGUCCUACACAAAGUGGCAUAGAGGUGAGCCUAAUAACUGUUGUGGGGGCGAACAUUGUGUACAGAUCUAUGAGAAUCGUAGAGGAUGGAACGACUUGCCCUGUAACAGAGCCCUGGCUUAUGUUUGUGAAAUUCAUCAUGGAACAUCCACCUGUGGUAGCGGUUGGCAUCAAAGGAGCGGCAGAUGCUACAGGAUGUAUGGGAGAGCAAACUGGAUCACAGCCCUGAGAACGUGUCAGAAUAAUGGAGCAAAUCUUGUUAGCAUUGACGAUAGCGGAGAACAAAGCUACAUAGAAGGCUUAAUUGGAGGAAACAGCGUGUGGACCAGUGGUAUUGACGGAAAUAAAGAAGGAUAUUGGAUCUUUGCCAGCGGAACCCGGUCCUGGUCCUACACCAAGUGGAACAGAGGCGAACCAAACAACUCUGGGGGCGAACAUUGUAUACACGUUUUGACCAACAGAAAUGGAUGGAAUGAUCUCCCAUGCACACACACCAGUAUCUACACUAUGUGUGAAAAACCAGUCCAUGGAGGUUGGGGUAGGUGGGGAAGUUAUGGUUCCUGUACCAAAUCAUGUGCCGGAGGAACGAAGACCAGAAGCAGACAGUGUAAUAACCCUGCCCCACAGUACGGCGGAAAUAAUUGUCCUGGGUCCAGCAGCAGUAGUACUUCUUGUAACACACACAAUUGCCCAAUUGAUGGAGUCUGGGCAUCUUGGGGACAAUGGGACACGUGCUCGGUAACGUGCGGCGGAGGAAGACAGGGACGAAAGAGAACGUGCACAAACCCUGCACCUCAAUAUGGCGGAGCUGCUUGUCCCGGAAGUACCGACUCCAGCCAAACCUGCAACACCAAUCCUUGUCCAAUUGAUGGAGCUUGGGCGAAUUGGGGAUCAUGGAAGACUUGUUCUGUUACUUGUGGAGGAGGAACUCAGAGUCGUGACAGGACGUGCACAAACCCGACCCCUCAACAUGGCGGCGCCUCGUGUCCAGGACUAAGCACAAGCUCCCAGGACUGUAACACUCAAGUCUGCAUAAUUGACGGUGCCUGGACCAACUGGUCACAAUGGGGAAGUUGUAGCAAGAGUUGUGGCGGAGGUAGAAGGUCAAGAUCUAGGACAUGUGAUAACCCGAAGCCUGCCAAUGGCGGAAAAGAGUGUAGCGGAGACUCCGGAGACUUUGGAGACUGUAACCCAGACGACUGCCCAAUCAAUGGAGCAUGGUCUGGAUUUGGGUCAUACGGCUCUUGUUCUAGAACUUGCGGAGGUGGAACUAAGACAAGAUCGAGGUCGUGUAAUAACCCACCUCCUCAGUGGGGAGGAGAUAAUUGUCCUGGAUCCGCCACCCAGUCUGCGUCUUGCAACACCCACAGCUGUCCAAUUAAUGGAAAUUGGGCAUCUUGGGGUGGAUGGGGAAGUUGUUCACGAACUUGUGGAGGAGGAUCAAGGUCAAGGUCACGUUCAUGCUCCAAUCCCGCCCCUAAUUACGGAGGAUCUUAUUGCUCAGGAGGGUCGUCUGCUUCAACAGGAUCACAGAGUUGUAACACUCAUAACUGCCCGAUCGAUGGUGGCUGGGCAAGUUGGACCUCUUGGGGUAGCUGCACUGUUUCUUGUGGCGGAGGAACUCAAAGGAAAACACGCACGUGUACCAAUCCCAGACCUGCUUAUUCAGGGAAAAACUGUCCAAACUCUGCAUCAGCAACUCAGAGCUGUAACACCCAUCACUGUCCGAUUAAUGGUGGUUGGGCCAGCUGGGGUAGUUAUGGCUCCUGCACAGUGACUUGUGGUGGAGGAACAAAGCAGAGGUCGCGCACGUGCACCAAUCCCGCCCCUCAGUAUAACGGAGCUCAGUGUCCCGGAAGUAGCGUGUCGUCUGCUUCUUGCAAUACACAUCACUGCCCAAUUGAUGGAGGUUGGUCCUCUUGGGGCUCCUGGGCAUCAUGUACUGUGACCUGUGGCGGAGGAAUACAAUCCAGAUCACGCAGCUGUAGUAAUCCUACGCCACAGUAUGGAGGAGCAUACUGUCCAAACUUCUCAUCUGGAACCCGAACGUGCAACACCCAUAAUUGUCCAAUUGAUGGUAAAUGGGCAAGCUGGGGUUCGUGGGGCACGUGCACAGUAACCUGUGGUGGCGGAACACAACAAAGAUCACGGACCUGCACAAACCCCGCACCUCAGUAUAAUGGCGCUGCCUGCCCCGGAAGUAGUACAUCAUCACAAUCCUGCAAUACUCAACACUGCCCAAUCGAUGGAAGAUGGUCGGGAUGGGGUUCGUAUGGCACAUGCUCAGUCACAUGUGGUGGUGGAACUCAAUCUCGAUCCCGAUCCUGUACAAGCCCAGCUCCUCAAUAUGGCGGCGCUUCAUGUCCUGGGUCAGGUUCCAGUUCUCGAGACUGCAAUACUCAAGUCUGCAUAAUCGAUGGGGCGUGGGGAGCAUGGGGUAGUUGGGGAUCAUGCUCAAAAACUUGUGCCGGCGGUAAAAAGUCUCGAACACGACGCUGCGACAAUCCAGCACCGGCUAAUGGCGGAUUAGACUGCUCCGGGGGGUCGGCUGAUUUCAGUGACUGUAACUCUGCCGCCUGUCCAAUUAAUGGCGGAUGGUCGGCUUAUGGAUCAUACGGAUCUUGUUCCAAAACCUGCGGGGGAGGAACGCAAACAAGGUCCAGGACAUGUACAAAUCCCACUCCACAAUGGGGAGGUGACCAGUGUGCUGGAUCCGCCACAGAAUCACAGGCUUGUAACACACAUUCCUGCCCAAUUGACGGAAACUGGGGUUCUUGGGGAAAUUGGCUCACUUGUUCAGUGACCUGUGGAGGUGGAACUCAGAGUAGAACGCGCACCUGCUCAAACCCCUCCCCUCAGCAUAAUGGAGCAGACUGCUCAGGUGCUUCCAGCAGCUCUCAGUCCUGCAAUACAAAUCCUUGCCCGAUCGACGGAAACUGGGCAAGUUGGGGAAAUUGGGACACCUGCACUGUAACCUGUGGUGGGGGAACACAGGGUAGAACACGCACCUGCUCAAACCCUGCCCCUCAGCAUAAUGGAGCAAAUUGUGCCGGCUUUUCCAGCAGCUCUCAAUCCUGCAACACUAAUCCCUGCCCAAUCGACGGAAAUUGGGCUAAUUGGGGAAACUGGGAUACUUGUACAGUGACUUGUGGCGGUGGAACCCAAGGGAGAACGCGUACCUGUACAAACCCCACCCCACAAUAUAAUGGGGCAGACUGCUCAGGAUCCUCCAGCAGUUCCCAAACCUGCAACACAAAUCCUUGUCCAAUUGACGGUAAUUGGGCAUCAUGGGGUAACUGGGGAACAUGUACAGUGACGUGUGGGGGAGGGACUCAGGACCGCUCCAGAACCUGCACUAACCCUGCGGCGCAGUAUGGAGGAGCUGAUUGCCCAGGAUCGAAUCAAAGUACACAGGACUGUAACACUCAAGUCUGCAUAAUUGAUGGAGCAUGGGGCGCUUGGGGGGUCUGGGGUACUUGUAGUGUCACAUGUGGUGGAGGUCAAAGGUCACGAAGCAGGAUUUGUAACAAUCCUGCACCGGAAAAUGGCGGAAAGAAUUGUCCCGGAACUUCUGGAGAUUAUGGCGACUGUAACACUGACGCCUGUCCAAUUAAUGGCGGUUGGUCCGGGUUUGGAUCAUACGGAUCUUGUUCUAAAACCUGCGGGGGAGGGACGCAAACAAGGUCCAGGACAUGUACAAAUCCCGCACCACAGUGGGGUGGAGACCAAUGCGCUGGAUCCGCCACAGAAUCACAGUCUUGCAACACACAUUCCUGCCCAAUCGACGGAAAUUGGGGAAGCUGGGGAAACUGGGACACAUGCACAGUGACUUGUGGCGGCGGAACUCAAGGGAGAACUCGCACCUGCUCAAAUCCCUCCCCUCAGUAUGGAGGAGCAGCCUGCUCUGGCUCCUCCACCAGUUCCCAAACCUGCAACACAAAUCCCUGUCCAAUUGACGGAAUUUGGGCAACAUGGGGUAGCUGGGGAACUUGCACAGUCACGUGUGGAGGAGGGACACAGGACCGCUCCAGAACCUGUACUAACCCUGCGCCGCAGUAUGGAGGUGCUGAUUGCACAGGACCGAAUCAAAGCACACAAGACUGCAACACUCAAGUCUGCAUAAUUGAUGGAGCAUGGGGCGCCUGGGGUCAGUGGGGUACUUGUAGUGUCACUUGUGGUGGAGGUCAAAGGUCGCGAGGCAGGAUUUGUGAUAACCCUGCACCGGAGAACGGCGGAAAGAAUUGCCCCGGAACUUCUGGAGAUUAUGGCGACUGUAACACUGACGCCUGUCCGACAGUAGCCGCUGGACAGUACAUGCAGUUGUGUCCAUCAGGAUAUUUCACGUGUCAAUCUGGCGGUAUGAGUUGUAUCCAGGACGUUUUGAAAUGUGACUGUUCCUCAGACUGUGAUGACGGAAGUGACGAAACAGAGGGAUAUGCCGGAUGUACCAAUGCAGCAAUGUGUCUGGCUGAAAACGGAGCAGGUGUUGACGUUGCAUCAGUUAUCGUCAUGAUGGCAUCAUUGAUUACAGCUAUUUUACUGAUAAAUUAUCGCUAA